CACUUUUAUUGUAGCUGUGGGUUUAUAGUCCUGUAGUAGCAUGUUGAAGUCCCUCCCCUGUGUGUGUUGUGAUCUUUGUAAUCAGAUGAGGCUCUGUGGAUUUUCAGGCACUACUCGAUUGAUUCAGACUCGGUACAUUGAGAAUCCCAUCUGACCUCAGACACACGUCAGCAGAGGUAUGGCCCUAUUCAGAGCAUUGAAAAGGCUAAUGGGCUUCAGUUCAGAUCAUUUACAGGAGAGCACCAGCUCACACAUGUCACAAGCUGCAUCAUGUAGCUCCAGAGCACCUCUGAAGAUGGAAACUGAAAAGUGCUACAAUCCAAAUGACCCAAACCUGAAGUUUACUGAUUCUGUAGAUGAACACGACUUUCUGUGUAUGGACUAUCGCUCUAGAAGAGCUCGGAUGUCGUGUGGUCACACGGUCACUCCACAGUCUCUCACAGACUGGUGUGACAGGCAGCUGCAGGACGGAAACAUAGAUUUAAAGUGUGGAGUCUGCGGCGCUGUGUGGCCUUUUGAUGAAGUGUGUAAGAUGGCUCUACUGACCGACAAAGAGAAGAGCACUUUUGAAGACAAACGACUUGAAAACUUGGCCUUUACUAAGAUGAAUGACAAAAGGUGCCCCGGCUGUAAGUCUUAUGCUUUGAGGAAAAACCAGAACAACCUGUGUGUGAUCUGCCCUCAGUGCACGGCUGUGAAAGGGACCACAUAUCAGUUCUGUUGGCAGUGUCUGAAAGUGUGGAAAGGCUCUGCUCCUCGCUCCGACAGAUGUGAUAAUGAGGGAUGUGUAAACACAGGGUUAGAAACUCUGAGAACAUGUCCUGAGAUUGUGUUUAAAUCUGUAGAAGACGUGAAGGGCUGUCCGUCUGUCCGUGCAUGUCCCACCUGUGGAGUGCUGUCGCAGCACAACAGUGAAGGAUGUAAGAACAUCGUGUGUAACGGCUGCAAAAUGCAGUUCUGCUUUGUGUGUCUGAAAAUCACCAAAGAGUGUUUGAAGACAAGUAGCUACUCUAAACCCUGCUCCAGUGGUGUGGCCCCCAGACAGACCUCUAUUCCAACCAAAAAUUAAUCUCCUUAAAGUCAGGCCGAUACUAGGUCUGUCCCAGUCACACAUUUUGAAGUGUGAUAUAUUGCUGAAGUAAAUAUAGACAAUAAACGAUCAUAUCGAAUCAAACCAUAAAGCAGAAUUAUCCACAACAUCUAUUCUAAAUCUUCAAUAUUGUUAAAAAAUGAGUUGCCAUAAAUGACACAAAGCAACACUUCAGUAGUUGGUUUGUCUAUAAUGAGUCAUAACUCAAGUCUCUACAGCUCAAAUAGUACAGAAAAAAAGAUAAAUACUGACCUGGGAUGCACCGAUCCAGCUUUUUCAGUGGCAAUACUGAUUCUGAUACUUUCAGCUGCCGAUACCCGAUAUGAACCGAUACCAGUGCAGAGACAUACAACAGCACUUAUUUCCUUUAAACAGAAAAGACAAAACUGAUCCAAGUGAUGGAGCUGUUAUUCAACUCAAGAACAGAUUUAGAAAUUCAAACAUUCUGAGACUUUCUGGAGCGACUACGACCAGUGAAUAGUCUUAUUACAAUGAUGUAUCUGUCCAAACAGAAUAUCAGCUGAACUGAUACUUAAACCCGGUAUCCAUAAUAUUGACACCCAAAAAUAAUAGUUUCAUCUGUUGUGUA